AUUACUAUUUAUUCUUGCAAUUAUGUUCCUUUUGAAAAAGGGCAGUUCCUGGAAUAACAGCUCCCCCAAUCUCCCUCCGGGACCCAGGACCUUGCCCAUUUUGGGAAAUCUGCACAUGGAGGAUCUGAAGAGGCCUUACAGAACAAUGAUGGAGUUGUCAAAAGUAUAUGGUCCCGUUUUCCGUCUUCAAAUGGGAUGCCAUGAAAUGGUGGUGCUGACUGGCUAUGAGACAGUGAAAGAGGCUUUGGUCAACCAAGCAGAGGCAUUUGCAGAGAGAGCCUCUGUUCCCAUUUUUGAGGAUUAUGCAAAGGGUUUUGGUGUUAUUCUUGCUCAUGGUGAGAACUGGAGAGUGAUGCGGCGGUUUUCAAUAUCUGCAUUACGGGAUUAUGGAAUGGGCAAAAGGAUUAUUGAAGACAAAAUAAGUGAAGAGUGCAGUGUCUUGACAAAAACAUUUGAGACUUAUGAAGGAAAGCCAUUUGACCCGGCAACAAUUCUGAAUGCUGCAGCUGCCAAUAUCAUAGUUUCUUUUUUACUUGGCAAGAGAUUUGAAUAUGAAGAUGCUACACUUCUAAGACUACUGGAGUUAAUCAAAGAAAAUUUACACCUUGCAGGAACCCCUGGUGUUUUGGCGUAUAAUGUAUUUCCCAAGUUGGGAUUCCUUUUGGGUGCUCGUAAGAAAAUAAUGAAGAACCGAAAGGAAUUCCACAAUUUCAUACGGGCCACUUUCCUUGAAAAUCUCAAAGAGCUGGAUGAAAAUAACCAGAGGAGUUUUAUUGAUGCAUUUCUUGUUCGUCAGAAAGAGGAGAAUAAGAAGUCAACAAAUAGCUAUUUCCAUAAUGAUAACCUUAUAGCUCUUGUGGAUAAUCUAUUUAUUGCUGGCAUGGAUACAACUUCAAUCACUUUGUGUUGGGCCAUACUCCUAAUGAUGAAGUAUCCAGAAGUUCAGAGGAAAGUCCAAGAAGAAAUUGCAAAAGAGAUUGGGGUUCGUGAGCCAAGGACAGAAGACCGAGUCAAAAUGCCUUACACCAAUGCAGUAAUUCAUGAAGUUCAAAGAUUUGCUGAUAUUGUUCCAACCAAUUUGCCCCAUGCAACCACCAAGGACAUAACUUUCAAAGGUUUCUUCAUUCCCAAGGGCGUGCACAUUGCUCCAUUGCUGACUUCUGUGCUCCAUGAUGAAUCUCAGUGGGAGAAACCUCAUGAAUUCUAUCCUGAGCAUUUUCUUGACUCUGAAGGAAAAUUUGUGAAAAAAGAUGCAUUCAUGCCUUUUUCUGCAGGUCAAAGAAUAUGUGCUGGUGAGAACCUUGCCAAAAUGGAGCUCUUCCUCUUCUUUACCAGCUUCCUUCAGAGAUUUACCUUCCAGCCACCCCCAGGAACAUCUAAAGAUGACCUGGAUCUGACUCCUGCUCUUGGACUUACCACCCCUCCCAUGCCUUACAAGACCUGUACUGUGUUAUCUUGA